AUGGGGUGUACACUCAGCUGCUUCGGCAGCUCUCUCCUUCUCUUUGGGGGCUGGCCCCACAGCUACAGCAGCAGCAGCAGCAGCAGCAGCAGCAGCAGCAGCAGCAGCAGUGGUAGCAGUGGUAGAGGGACGGAGACAGUGCAGACAACAACUGCUGCAGCAGCAGCAACAACAGCAACAGCAGCAACAACAGCAGCAGCAGCAGCAGCAGCAGCAGCAGGACUAGGAGUAUCCGAAGCAGAAGAAGCAAUAGGGUUUGACGUUUGUGCUGCACUCAGCAGCAGCAGCAGCAGCUGGAGGCAGCUGGUGGUGCGGGGGCCCCCCCUGUCUCCUCGCUACGGCCACACAGCAACAGAGACAGCAGAGGGGGUCGUGCUGCUGGGGGGCUGGCUGUCUCCCGCCCCCCUUAUGGAGGUCUUAAUAGCCACUCCUGCUGCUCCUGCUGCUGCUGCUGCUGCUCCUGCUGCUGCUGCUGCUGCUGAUGCUGAUGGUGCUGGUGGUGGUGGUGGUGCUGGUGGUGGUGAUGGUGGUGCUGGUGGUGGUGGGGGUACUGGUGGGGGGUUUAGGGUGUAUAUGGGGCGGCAGCAAGAAGCUGCAGCCAGGCAUCGUAAAGAGCUGAGGUCUAGUGGCUUCAGCGUCCCCCCAGCAACAGACACUGCAACAACGCAGCAGCAGCAGCAGCAGCAGCAGCAGCAGCAGCAGCAGCAGAGGAAGCAACCAGCAGCAGCAGCAGCAGCAGCAGCAACAGCAGCAGCAGCAACAGCAGCAGCAGCAAUGUCUGCAACAGAUGAUGAAGCAUCUGAGGGUUCUCUAUGGGAUGAAAGCCACGGCGGCAGCGGCAGCAGCACAACGGCCCCAGCAGCAGCAGCAGCAGCAGCAGCAGCAGCAGCAGCAGGCGGAGUAGCCCCCGACAUUCCUGCAGCAGCAGCAGCAGCAGACGAAGCAGCAGCAGCGGCAGAAGAAGAAGAAGCAGUUGCUGCAGCAGGAGAAGCACAGCAGCCUGCAGCGCUACGCCCGAGACGCGGGACGUUGCGGGGCAUGCAGCAGCAGCAGCAGCAGCAGCAGCAGCAGCAGCAGCAGCAGCAGCAAGAAGAUGAAGAGGGUGGAGACGGUCUGUCUGCGUGGCUGCCGGCCUCGUUGGUAGCGCCUUUGCUUCGGGGCUCCAGCAGCACAGGCGGCGCUCAGAGCAGCAGCAGCAGCAGCGGCAGCAGCAGCAGCAGCAGCAGCGGCAGCAGCAGCAGCAGCAGCAGCAGCAGCGGCGGCAGCAGCAGCAGCAGCACGGGGCCUUCGCGGCAGCGCGUAGCUGAGUCUUUCUUCAGCAGCCAAACGCUCAACCGAGAGGAUGAAGGAAGCCUGCAGCAGCAGCAGCAGCAGCAGCAGCAGCAGCUGCGGCAGCUGCAGCUGCAGCAGCAGCAGCAGCAACUCCAGCAGCAACUGCAGCAGCAGCAGCUGCUGCAGCCUCGACAGCAGCGCGAUGAGGGUGGCAACAGCAGCAGCAGCAGCAGCAGCGGGAAUAUGCAGCUGCUGCACCAGACCCCUGUUCAUGCUCCCCUCAGCAGCAGCAGCAGCAGCAGCAGCAGCAGCAGCAGCAGCAGCAGCAGCAGAAUGGCUGAGAGUUUGUUUGACGACGACUCUUUCGAUGGCCCUUUGCUGCACCGCAGCCGCAGCAGCAGCAGCAGCAGCAGCGGCAGCAGCAGCAUAAUAAACAGAAGAAACAGAAGAGAUGCAGCAACAACCCAAACAACCAGAAACAACAACCCCACCACCAGCAGCAGCAGCAGCAGCAGCAGCAGCAGCAGCAGCAUAAUCCCCCCACCUAUAUCUACUAUCCCCACCGCCCCGGUGAGCAGCAACAACCUGAACCUGAUAGGCAGCAUAAGCAUAAACCCCAGCAGCAGCCCGGAGCUGAGCGUAGCAGCAGCAGGAUGCCCCUUGUCUUUGCUGCUGUCUGUCUCACCCCAGCAGCAGCCCCAGCAGCAGCAGCAGCAGCAGCAGCAGCAGCAGCAGCAGCAGCAGCAGCAGCAGCAGCAGUCUGUGGAGCGAGGCCAGGGUGGUGGGGUCGGUGGCCCCGGGGCCCCGCGCAGCACACAGCUGCGACGCAGAGGAGGAGAAAUAUCUGCAGCAGCUGCUGCUGCUGCUGGUGAUGGCGGUUCUGCUGGUGGUGGUGGUGUAGGAGGAGGAGAAAUAUCUGCUGCUGCAGCAGCAGCAGCAGCAGCAGCAGCAGCAGACACAGAUCUCGACCCAGACCCAGACCCAUCAUCAUCAUCAGCAUCAGCAGCAGCAUCAUCAUCAUCAUCAGCAGCAGCAGCAGCAGCAGCAGCAGCAGCAGGAGGUGGUAGUGUACAGCAGCAGCAUCAUCAUCAUCAGCAGCAGCAGCAGCAGCAGCAGCAGCAGCAGCAGCAGCAGCAGCAGGAGGUGGUAGUGUGUAUCGUUGGCACUAUGUGCCUAGCGGCAGCAACCACCCAAGCGAGUUUAUUUAAUAUACACAAGGCAUACAGCAGCAACAACAGCUGCAGCAGCAACAGCAGCAACAGCAGCAGCAGCAGCAGCAGCAGCACCAUCAGCAGCAGCACCAUCAGCAGUAGCACCAUCACCAUUAGCAACAGCAACAGCAGCAACAGGAGCAGCAGCAGCAGCAGCAGCAGCUCCAUCAUCCGCAGCAGCAGCACCAUCAGCAGCAGCAGCACAAUCACCAUCACCAUCAGCACCAUCACCAUCAGCACCAUCCGCAGCAGCAGCAGCAGGAGCAGCAGCAGCAGCACCAUCAGCAUCAUCCGCAGCAGCAGCAGCAGCAGCAGCAGCAGCAGCAGCAGCACCAUCACCAUCAGCAGCAGCAGCACGAGCAGCAGCAGCAGCAGCAGGAGCAGCAGCAGCAGCAGCAGCAACUGA